AUGCCUCUCGCCGCAAAUGACCCAAGAGUUCUGGAGGAACUUGCCAAGCUGGAGGCGAAACCCCCCGUUGUAACUAUAGAUAUUCACGAAUGGAAUCGCAGGACGAAAGAACAAAAAGAACAAGAAGAAGCAAAAAGGAUCAGAAUGAUCAAAAGGGAGAAUGGAGAGAUUCCUUGGUGGGUGGAAGACGAGGAAGACUCCGUCAAACCCGCUCUCACAUUUGAAGAGCAACAGAAAUGUAUUGAGGAGAUGAAGGGUGCACUUGAGAUCUGCUGGACUCAAAUCAGUGGUCUCCGAAAUGAUCAGCAGUACAUGCAUGGAAGUUACGAUUGUUGGCCGGAACUCGGUUUGGCCCGAUGGGAAGUUGAACUCAACGCUCUCACAUGGAGUUGUUCGAACUGGGCAGAAAACUUUUGUAUUACAACAAGAAGAAGCAAGUGUAAAAUCCUAUCCAAAGAGCAAAAAAAGGAUGUCGUUGAGAGCUUAAAGGGAUGGGUUGUUCACGACGACUUCGACACAACGGUUUCACGGCUUCCGCCUAACAUACGAUACAACAUCCUGCCGACUUUUGCUUCAAUGAUCAUUCUCAAAGAUUGCCUGAGACUAUUCUGGUCAAAUCCUUUCUGGUAUUUGGAUGUCGAUGGUGAAUUCUCAAACAGCGAAGGUAAUGAGGCCUCUUUCGGCGCUCAUGUACAUACCCUGUACAAAAAGUUUGUGAAAGCGGAGCCACAGCUCGCUCACCACUGGCGCGCGCAGACAACACGCCUUGCUAAUGUCAGAUACAACGCCCAUUUUACGAGACGCGAUCCUACGUUUGGGCUCGCAAACAAAGACCUUCUAAAGGCCAAGGCCUAUCAAUUUGCCACCGCUAGACUAGAAGACAAGGCCUUUCGAUGCUUACUCAAAGACGAAAACGAAGACAAAUUGAAGAGAAGCCUCGGCGAUCUAUACCAUAGGAUGGCUGAAUUUGCAAAGGACUUGGCCACAUCGCAACCGUUACUGGAAUGGCGACUUUUAGAUCAAAUUCCAACCGAGUUUGAUCGUAAGUCGAAGGUAAUUCAAGCAGCGCAUCUCCACGGGCUUGGAGAGCGUGAAUCUAGACUCAACCGGCAUCAAGUGCUCGCAAUCCAUCAACCAUAUUUCUUUCGAACCGGAGGAUGGAACAGAAAGGGAGGAACUGGGGAGGUGAUGGUCGCCAAAGCUCACGUUUUUGUGGAAGACCUUGCAGGGCGGUGGGCUGGAGAUGCUCAUUCCUCGGACGAGGAUGCGUUCCCAAAAUAUUCCUCGGACGAGGAUGCGCCCCCAAAAAGAAGGAAGAAGAGGCAGCCCAAGAAAGCGAAUAUCGAGAAAAUGGGAGAAGCUCGUACACAGAAACCUGCACCGAAAGGCAAAGCAAAGAAGGGAGCUAAGAAGAAGACUUGA